AUCUGAAAAAUCAGAAAUUUGAUUCUCCUGUGAUGUUUAGAUCUAAUUUAGAUACUAAAUUUUUCCAUUACGUACCUACAUAUAUAGGUAGGUCCUACCUAACUAACAAAAAUAUAUCACAUCCAUAAUAUGUAUAAAUUUCAAAAAUCUGAGUAGGUAUACCUACUUGCUACAACCAAUAACCACUUAAGAAAACAAAAAUUAGGUCUAACUAUAAUGCUCCGCAUUUUUAAAUGUGCCGCAAAAACAGAUCAAUCUUAAUUCGAUGUAGAUGGUUUUAAUUUAUCAUAGUUAAAAAAUUAGGAAGACGAGACUUUUAAUUGGAAAGCAUCAUUAGCGCACUCAAAAAUUUUUGGCUUUACUCACUAAGUUCCUAAAGGCCUCAAUCCCACAUUUGACCCCUCUUAUAUUGCCCAAUGUUUUCAAAAUUGAAAUUGAAUUUUAAAAAUUAAGCACUCAGUUGUUUCAAACAAAGGAAUAUGAUAACAAUAAGCAUUAUUGUUACAAUUUCUUGAAUUUUUAAAAACUUGUACAAAUUGUGAAUAGUGUGGGUAUUUGUAUCCUAAAAUGUUUAUGCAUUUUUCCGUCGGCUAAUUUUAUCUAUAUAUAACCUUAAUUUUGGAGAGAUGCAUUUCACAUUCAUUUAAUUUCAUUUACUACCACCAUUACAUUUCUAAAACCCUCAACGCUCUUCAUCCAAUCAGAUCCCUACAAACAAAAUAAAAAUUUAUCUUCCUAUACUAAAUAAAAAAAAAUCACACAUUGAUUUUCUUAAGAAUAAUCGCGUGUGUAUACGUUGAUUUUAAUUUUGGCUCCGCCCUCGACGGCUACUUUGAUGAAAUGUUUCUUUCUUUAGUGCUUUAGUCGGUUUCAGAACUGCUCUGAGGUAAGUAUGAUUUGCGUUCUCUCGAGUCAAAAAUAUUAUGACUAAGGUAUAUACAUACAUAUACACAUAGAUAUAGCUCGUAGGGUCUUUCUUAAUUUCAUGUGGAUUUUAAAUGUUGAUAUUAGUAUGAAAGUUUUUUUUUCUUUACUUUACGAUAAAAAUCGUUGCAUACCUUAAGGGAAACAGUAAGAAAGUAAGUAUUUUAAGCCCUGAUUUUUAAAUCGUUAGUUAGACUAUGAGAAAAAUAAAUUUCAUUAUAAAAAGAUGGGUGGCAUAACAGCUGACAUAAAUUUUCUUUUUUUUUUGUAAACUUGGUUUUGUUUUGUUUGAUAUUAGGUAUAAGAACUAUGAAAUUAUACAGUCUAUCUAAAAAAUUAUCUUGAGAGAAAGGGUGAUUUUUUUUAAAUGGUAGGUAUCCUAACUAAUUCAUUUUCUCAUGGAAAUUCCGAAUAAAGUAAGUCUAUACAUUUUUUUUCAUGUGAUAGGGUGUUUUUUUAGGUCUAGAGAAAAUGUGGGUUUAUUUGAAAAAAUGAGUAAUAAUAGUGGUAUUCUAUUGAAAUUCAGCAAUUAUGGUACUUUUCAGAUUGGAAACAAUAAACUAUAGUUCCUAUAAUAAUAGGUAAAAAGGGUGGUUUUUUGUAGUGAAAACAAAAUUGAUGGGCUACCCUAAUGAAAUUUGGUAAAAACCUUGUACUGAUUGGAUGAAGAGCGUUGAGGGUUUUAGAAAUGUAAUAGUGGUAGUAAAUGAAAUUAAAUGAAUGUGAAAUGCAUCUCUCCAAAAUUAAGGUUAUAUAUAGAUAAAAUUAGCCGACGGAAAAAUGCAUAAACAUUUUAGGAUACAAAUACCCACACUAUUCACAAUUUGUACAAGUUUUUAAAAAUUCAAGAAACUGUAACAAUAAUGCUUAUUGUUAUCAUAUUCCUUUGUUUGAAACAACUGAGUGCUUAAUUUUUAAAAUUCAAUUUCAAUUUUGAAAAUAUUGGGCAAUAUAAGAGGGGUCAAAUGUGGGAUUGAGGCCUUUAGGAACUUAGUGAGUAAAGCCAAAAAUUUUUGAGUGCGCUAAUGAUGCUUUCCAAUUAAAAGUCUCGUCUUCCUAAUUUUUUAACUAUGAUAAAUUAAAACCAUCUACAUCGAAUUAAGAAAAGAUUGAGCUGUUUUUGCGGCACAUUUAAAAAUGCGGAGCAUUAUAGUUAGACCUAAUUUUUGUUUUCUUUUUCCCCUUAAGUGGUUAUUGGUUAUAGCAAGUAAUAUCUGUAGGUAGGUAUAACUACUCAGAUUUUUGAAAUUUAUACAUAUUAUGGAUGUGAUAUAUUUUUGUUAGUUAGGUAGGACCUACCUAUAUAGGUACGUAAUGGAAAAAUUUAGUAUCUAAAUUAGAUCUAAACAUCACAGGAGAAUCAAAUUUCUGAUUUUUCAGAUUUUUGGAUUUAAUUCGUUGAGGUGCUACUUUUUUUUUGUCGAAGUGACGUCAUCAAAAACUAGUUUUUGGCCUAUAAUACCGGAAUGGAUUGCGAUUUAAAGUUUUAAUGUAACUUUUUGCAGAGUAUCACAUCAUGUUUAUUAUUUGGCAUCUUUUUGUUUUUUAAAAAAGAUCAUAGAUAAAAAGUCUCCACAAAACUGCAUCUGUUGCAGCCGAUUUUAUGGUCAAAUCAUGGAGCAACAAAUUCAAGGUUAGAGCAACUAAUUAGCAACAAAUUAACGCUAAAAUUCUGCAUACUCAGAUUUUGGAAAUUUGGGGGUGUGGGUGCUAUCUUGACGUCAAGAUAGCACCCACACCGCUUUUAGGGGUGAGAGUUGACUAGUUUUUGGACUUUAAGGCUGGAAUGAAAAGCGAUGGAAAAUUUUAAAGUUAUUUUUUGCAGUGCAUGAAAUCAUGUUUUUAAUUUGGCAUUUUUAGUUUUUUGAAAAAAAUUAUAGAUUAAAAGUCUCCACAAAAAUUGCAUCUGUUGCAGUCGAUUUGAUGGUCAAAUCAUGGAGCAACAAAUUCAAGAUUAGAGCAACUAAUUAGCAACAAAUUAUCCCUAAGAUUCUGCAUACUCAGAUUUUUGAAAUUAGGGGGUGUGGGUGCUAUCUUGACGUCAAGAUAGCACCCACACCCUUUCUAUCAAUUUUAAGGGGGAAGGGGUGGAGCAACAAAUUCGAGAUUAGAGCAACUAAUUAGCAACAAAUUAGCAACAAAUUAUUGCAUACUUAUUUUUUUAAAUUUGUAAGUUUUUCUUGGUGUGGGUGCUAUCUUGACGUUUUGAUAUGUUCCACAAGUUCCACAAUGCAUUUUGGACAUGAAGGAGAUGGGUUCAAAAGUUGAAUGAGACCUUUUUGAAAAGGUGUUGAGAAGCCCUUUAAUUUGACACCUUUUUUGUCGCUGUGCGUUCAUUUUUAGGGAAUUUAGCUUUUUUGAGAAAACUGUUGAAGUGCAUUUCAAGGUCAAAUCUUGGAGCAAAUAAUUCGGGAUUAAAGCAACUAAUUAGCAACAAAUUAGCAACAAAUUAUUGCGUACUCAGUUUUUUUUAAAUGUUGAGAUUUUAAUGGGUGUGGGUGCUAUCUUGACGUCAAGAUAGCACCCACACCUUUUCCAUUAAUUUUGAGGGGGAAGGGGUGGAGCAACAAAUUCGGGAUUAGAGCAACUAAUUAGCAACAAAUUAUUGAAUACUCAGAUUUUGGGGGUGUGGGUGCUAUCUUGACGGACCUAGAAAAACAUCACCAAACAAGAAUACUAGCCCCACCAUCCUUAACAGUCUAUAUUUUAUACUGCGGGUCACAUUUCAAUUGCCCCACGCAGGGAAUUUCCGUAUGGGGCAUUUGGAAAUGCCCCAUAUGGGCCAUUUCCAAAUGCUUAUUGAACAUACAAAGCCGGAUUUCCUCAGAUUCCAAAGCCUUUUGGACUUUUUUAAAUGGAAAGAAACGUUCUUUAGCUCUUCAAGAAAAUAUGGAAUUUGAUGGUCGUAUUUCUUCUGAUUUACAGAGUGAACUUUUCUCAAAAUUUUAUAAGUCACUUUAUGUUCAACAUUCCGAACAAACAGAAAAUGUAUGCAUUAACAGUGCUUAUAUCUCAAAACUUCAUCUCUUUGAGUCUGACAUUCUUAAUGGAAUCUCAAAAUUAAAAUCUAGCUCAAAUCCUGGUCCAGAUGGAAUUCCAUCUCUGGCUCUGAAGCAAUGUCAAUUCAAGUUAGUGUUCCCACUACUAAUAAUUUUUAAUAAAUCUUGUAACAAAUUACCGCGCAAUAACUAAGCUCUGCAAUACCUUAAUUAUUUGAGCUUAUUGUAAAAGAUCGUUUGUAUAUUAGUAUAAAAGAGCAUAUUUGCGUUGAACAACAUGGGUUUAUGUCAGGCAAGACUACUUCAACAAAUCUCAUGCUUUAUUGUAAAUAUGUCGUCGAUUCAUUAGAAUCUGGUUAUCAGGUAGAUACUUUCUACACAGACUUUAUAAAAGCAUUUGAUUCUAUUUGUCAAGAAAUUCUUCUAGCUAAACUGCGAGCUUUUGGCAUUCACGGAUUGCUUCUGAAAUGGAUUUCCAGCUGCCUUUAUAAAAGAACACAAUGUGUGAAAUAUCAUACAAGCUUCAUCAGGAGUUCCUAAGGUAGCCAUUUUGGACCACUUCGUUUCAAUAUAUUUGUUAAUGAUAUCCCAUCUCUUCUUAAAAAUGCAUCUUGUUUUAUGUAUGCUGAUGACAUGAAAAUUUUUCUUUGUAUCAAAAAUAGAAUUGAUCAGCAAAAUCUUCAAAAUGAUUUAAAUGUUUUAUUCCAUUAAAUAUCACAAAAUAUAAUGUGUUGUUAUGGUCACCUUGAAGCAAAGGGGCAUUGGGUAGGCUUAAGGAAGUGAACCUCAGAAGAGUAUGGGAAUUGGCUUAAGCGUAAGCGAUUCAAAUAAUGUUUCUGGACAUAAUAGUAAAAAUGGCCACUUUGAGCAAUCCAGCAGCAACUAUCAGUAGGAACGACGGUCUACUAAAAGCCAAUGCUGGGGAGAAGUACAAAUUUUAGGUUAGGUCGGCGCUAAUGCAAAUAUGUACCUACCUUUGCAUAUAUGUCUUGUAUUGGGCUCAUAGAAUGGUAAUACCCACUCUAUGAGAAUGGAAAUAGUAACCACCGACACAAUUUCUUCCCUCAUGCCUGCUAGGGCGGUGGAUUUGACUCUUGGUCGGUCAGACCAAGCUCAGAAAAAAAGAUCUGAUUUUGUUCAGCUGCUUCUGGGGACAAGGGCUUCUCAACAAAAAGAACAAACACAACAGGAUGUGUAUCUUUAUGAUAAGACCAAGGGAACGCACGAAUUAAAGCGAAAAUGUAGAAAAGAAAUAAAUUUCAUAAAUUUAUGCAAGCCGGCAAAAGAAAAUCUAUUAAUGAGGAGAGAAAAAAGAAAUAUGCUUGUCAGUUGUCAUAAACUUUGACAGCUUUGAAAAGAGCCGCUGCAAAGAAAAGUUUUGUGUUGUUCUUUAGGGUUGAGAUAUGAGAUAAGGGAUAGGUAGUGCAAUCUGUUAUAAUAAAAACAAAAAGGGUUUGGAUAUUAUUUAAUAUAAAACGCCUAAAAGUUGAAUAAUAAUUUUGAUAUCGAAUUUGAAUUUGAAUUCAAAUACAAAUAUGAAACCCCCACUACCUUUACACAUAGUGCGGUACAACAACUGCAUCCGCAGUUAGAGAGCCGAUUCUAGUUGGAAGUAGGAUGGUAUGACUAGGAACGUAGUUUGGGAUAUGGUAUAUGGUUAGUCGUGUAGGAGCAAGCAAAACGUGAACUUAUUUUCCAUAAGCAAUAGUAAAGUGAAUCAUCAUUUUAAGUGGACAAAGGAAGUCUAGUAUGAAAUCUUUGUCUUGAAUUUAAAGUAAGAUAGAUUAAUAUAGUUUCAAAGUAAAGUGAUAGUAAACCAGUGUUUUUUUUUAUAAAAUUUAGAAUAUUUUGGAGUGUCACAAUAUCUAAUUUUGAAGCUCAACACGCAAAGGAAAACUACAAACUUAAGUUUUUUUCUACUAAACAAAAGGGGGUGAACUGGUGGUUUUCGAGAAGACGAAAGUCGAAACCGCUAUCCAUAAGAAGCGCUUAAGGAAAAACGGGAUAGCGGUAUAGCGGAACAGUAGCACAAAAGAAAGUCUUGUGAUCGAAUUACGACUAUUUGAAAAGAUACUGCUAGGCAAAAGAAAAACGGAAACGUUAAGCUGGAAAGUCUGUCGAUUCACCAGACUUAGUCAAGUAAAGAUUUAAAAACUAAAGGCAUAUUCGAAAUAAAGUGCCAUUAAGAUACCAGCACCAUACAUUUUAUAUUAAAAUCGAUAUACAUAGUAACGAAUACAAAUUUACACGCGGCAACCUGCUACCCGGUGGUACAGUAGAGUACCCGCUUUUAUGGGUUCACCCCCUUUAUAAAAUUAGUAAAAAAAAAAAGCAAUAAAAUAGUAUACCAAUACACCCAAUAAUCUAACAUAAUCAGCAAAUCCAGGAUCCUGCGAACGAAAUCGAAGAUUCGCCAGAAGAAGCAACGAUAAAUAUAUAUAUAAUCUAUUUUGGCGUGAUAGUUUUUUUUUGUUUUAUUUCAUAUUUUUUUGUUAUUCUUUCUUUUUAUUAUUGAUAUUUUUUUUUUGUUGUUAAUUUAUAUUUCCUUAAUUUAUUCCGUGAUUGAACGCGUUAUAAAGAAAAAAAACGGUUGGCGGGCGUUUUAUGUUAUAAAAAGGUUUUAUCUUUGCGUCGUCCCAUCUAAGAUAGGGUUCCUCCAACGCUAUUUAAACCGUGUUUCCAAGGUAGUUUACCAUUUGGCACUCCCCCGAUACACAGAGCUCUAUGUAUAGGCAGGAAAAACCCCGAAACUAGUUAGUUUUUUUUGCGUUGGCGACAAUUUUGGCCAAAUUAUAAAUUUUAAAGUGGUUUGGGGAAUCCGUAAGGAUUACGGGACGGACUUUAGGAGCCGCUCAAAUUGACCGUUACGCCAACGGUUUUCAACUUAUAGUUCAUAUAUUGUAAAUCAUUUUAUUUUAAAUAUUGUUUUCUUGUUUUAUAUUAAUUUUAAUUAUUGAAUUGGAAUUUCAUUAGUUUUCAGAGUUAAUAAGAAAAGCAAAUCGAAAACUAAAGAAUAAAGCGUAAUUUAAAUCUAAAUAAUAAAGCUAAACUUAAAUCUUAAUUUUGGAACCAUAUUCAAAAUUAAAGGCCAAUUAUAAAGUGAACCUGUAAAUUCAAAACGAAGUCAACGAAAUAUCAAAAUUAAUUUUGGAAACAAAGCCAUUUUUUUUGCAUGGUUGUGAGAGAGUCUUUGAUGUGUUAUUUUUGUCUUGUUUUAUGGAAAUUAUUUAUUUUAGUUAGGUUUUAGAUGUAGAAUAAAUAAAGAUUUGUAAAUCACGCCAAAUUUAAAGCAAACAAAAAUGGUGUUGUUACUGGACUGUUACGGCAGCCCAAUGGAAUAAAGAUUUUUUGUUUCAGGGGGGUGUAAUUAGGCUGGUUUAAGCCUCUCGGUGGGGGUAAGUAUGACUUGACAGCGAAAUUAGGUCUUUCUUUAGGGGGAUUCCAAAAAGACUGGACCAACGGAAUCCCAGGUAGGGUGGGAAAAGGUCAUGCUGCGCCGUCAUCUGCAGCGCCUCAAAGUGUGAGUUUGUUUUGUGUGGGUGGUGAAUUUUUUUUGGUAUAGAAUUUCGGCAUGAUAUAUGUUUUGAAAACAGGUGAGGUACUGCUGUGGGGGCAAGACCCCCCCUAAUCCGACGAGUUGAGCCGUGUGACGCAAGCAUGCCGCGGCCCCUACAGCGUGCAAUCUACCCCCUUUCCCCUUAACCUUCGUCUUCAAAUAUGGGAAUCGUGAAUCUUGGAAGAAUGAUUCUGGAGCUGAGGAUCAUGGAAGCAACGGUCCUGCCCACGAAGAAGACAUGGUUGCCUCCUAUUACCCUCCCUAUUGCCUGGUUUCAAAUGGCGCCCAACGUGUUGUCCUAGUUUUUUCCUUGUGUACUGAUUGGAUUCACUUGCAAUGCCGAACCAAAUCGUAAGUCUUAUACAGGAAAGCUCUCAAGCAUACCUGAAUAAUUGCAACGAAGUGAUUCGACAUUCCCAGUGGAAGCAACCAGUACAUCUUUUAUGUAGCUGUUCUCGUCAAUGAUGCUGAGUGCUCAGCAUGUCUUCAAGCAUAAGGUUUUAACGUAUAGAGUGAAUUGCGGCGGAGUAUCUUGGGGUCAACGGCGAGGCAAAAUCCCAUUUCUGUUCCAGUUGAGUUUCGAUCGUGCAGUAGCAAAUCGUAAGUCUUGUUCCAGAUAGCUCUUUAGAAGGCUGGAGCAAUUGCGACGAGGCGUUUCAGCUUCGAGUGAUAAUUCAAUCGGAAAUUGUCCUGUGUUAUAAAGUUAUAAAUUUCAAAUCGUCAGUAACCACACUUUGAGGGCAAUUGCAUUUUUAUUAAAAGGUAUUUGCUGUCAAGUCAUACAUAAGCGGGAACAUAACCAAUGAUCCACCGAGUAAGCCCCGAAAGCACCCCCGUAUUAAGAAUUGAAAAGAAAACAAAAAAAUAAUCAGUAGAUUUUGGCAAAACAUUUUAGUUAUUUGCACAUUGUUUAGUCUUUAUUUUGAGAAAGGUAGAGUGUAUUAGAGUGUAUUAGAAGGUGUUAGUUUUUUCGUAUUUUUGUUAAGUUAAUGAAAAGUAAGUAAUUAUUUUAAGGUAUAGAUAACAAUAAAAAAAAAAAAAAAAAAUAUAAAAAAGCAUCAAAAAAAUAAAAAAAAAAAGGUUAAUAGAAUAGUAAAGUAAGAUUUUCGAAUAGUUUAGAUUAGGUCACGGAGUUUAGAGGAAAGUCCUCAGAUUUGGUGACAGAUUAUAGAGAUAAGAUUUUGUUUAUAAUUAUUUUUGAUUUUUUUUUUUGUUAUUUUAUUUUGAUUUAGGUAAAAAAAAAAUUAAUAGUAGGUUGUCGAAUUAGAGAUACAUUUAGAUUUACAGUAAGAUAUUAGAUCAGUUAGUGAUAAUUUAGGUUAGAAUAAAAUACAUUUAGAUUCAAGGCAGUGUUUCGAUAGAAAAAGUCCAAUACUCUUUUCAAUUUAAACACAAUUUUAGAGUAAGAAAUUUUCUUGUUAGAGAUAAGUUAUUGAAGUGAUCCAAAUUAGGUAAGACAUAGUAAUCUCAUGAGCAUAAAUGAAAAAAAUAUUUUAAUAACAGAAGGAGAAUUAUCCAAUCGUGUACUAACUCGCACUCUACUCAGGCAACACAUUUUAGAGUCCAAUAUGACUACACUACAUACACCUCCGAAGGGAAAGAAACCUGAGAAAGCUACGCAACUCCAACCGGUAGGGGAUGCAUCUGGGGCGUUCGAGCCGCCGGCGACCGGGAGCGGUACUUCUGGUGUACCACCUGAAAGUACUAUACCUUCUAUAGGAAAUAGUGCAGUUGUAGUUGACCAAACCGUCUCUCAGUUGGGAAACGGGCUUGUAGGGACAGAGGGUAACUCCUCCGGAGGUACUACCGGGUCAGGGGUAUCAGAAGAUACAAUCGAAGCGCCUGCUUACAGUAGUAUUACCGGGACGGGUGUUGACAGACGUGAAUCGUCCGAAGUAGAUGAAUUAUUAGGGUUUUCGGAGGCCGAAAAACAAAAUGUGAUGGCCCCAACAAUUAGUACAGGUGGCAAUCCUGCUGCGAAUAGAAAAACUAAUAAUAAUAGCGGAUUAGUAGCAAAUGUAGGCAAUGGAUUAGCAGCUGAAUUGAGAAGAAUGGUAGAAGCGACUGUUAGUGAGGCCCAUGAUUCUUAUAACGAGUCAAUGAGGGAGAGUAUCUGCCAAUCUGUGCGAGCAGAAGUCGAACGGGGACUCGCCGAACUACUUAAAGACGUUGGGAAUGUCAAUCGUCCAGUGCUACCAGUGGUAACAGCUGAACCCACACAAGCGUCGAGAAGCACUCCGGCAGUGAGCCAGCCGUUCCGUCAGCCGACACAGGUACCAACAGCAAGCCAAACUCUGCAGGGCACCUUACCACGACUGUUCCAACACACCACUAAUCAUCAUGCAGGUCAAAUACUAAGCAGAGCUAGAAGUAACAAUUCUGUAUUGGCGAAUGGGAUACAACAGUCGGGAAAUCAGCCUGGAUAUCAGCCUGGAUAUCAGACUGGAUAUCAGCCUGGAUAUCAACCUGGAACUCAGACUGGAUAUCAGCCUGGAUAUCAACCUGGAACUCAGCCCGGAUAUCAACCUGGAUAUCUGCCGGGAUAUCUACCUGGAUAUCAACAUGCCCAUCAACAGAAUCCAUACGGGGCCGCAAUGGGUCCUACCAGCGGGUAUCCGCAACCGGGUUUUUCACCUUAUGGAUAUCCAAACAUGUCGACGAGAACACCAAUUCGGAUUGAUAAAUGGGGUAUAUCAUUCAAUGGCAAACCAGAAUUCAUGACGGUAGAGGAAUUUAUAUUCCAGGUUGAGUUUUUGCAAAUCCAACAUCAAUGCACCUGGACUGAGGUUUUACGGGAUUUUCAUAUUCUACUAUCUGGGGGCGCAAAAGUAUGGUAUUGGCAAUUUCAACGAACGAUGGUGCGUCCUGAAUGGUCCGUGUUAAAGGACGCCUUAAUGCGCGAAUAUCGAAAUUCAAAAUCAGAUUUCGAAAUUAUCCAAGAAAUUAUGGACCGAAAACAGGGUCCCGGGGAAUCAAGUGACGAUUUUUUCGCAUCAGUAAACAAACUAAGAGCUCAGCUCAGGGUACAAACGCCGGAGAUAGAUUUGGUAAGAAGUCUGAAGAAAAACCUCAACGAGCGGAUUAGUAAGCUAGUGUAUCCACAAUAUGUUUACACCAUGGACCAGCUGAAGUUGGCCUGUAAGGAAGCAGAGUAUGCGUUUCCGGUCAAGGAAAGAGAAGUGCCCAAGCAUCCUCGGCCCCAGCAUCCCGGUAGAUACGUUGCUCACGAGCUCGAGAUGGAGGCGGGAAUGAUGUCAUACCCCCAAGAGCAGUUGGAAGCGUUUCAACAUUCCGGUGCACGGCCAAAGAGCCAAGCAAAGUCAUUCACCUGUUGGAAUUGUCGGUUGACGGGACACUCCUGGCUGCAUUGUCCAGAACCCCGCAUCAUCUUUUGUUACGGGUGUGGAAAAGAAGGGGUCAUUUCGACUAAAUGCACCGAAUGUAAGCCGGAAAACCCAGCACGGAACGCGAAGUCGGUGGGGGACUCGCGUUCGACUCAGACCCCUCUAGAUCAAACAAAGAGCAAUUAAAUAAUCAAGAA